AAAAAGUGGUAAGGGUAUGAGUUUUAUUUUGAAAUAUUCAACGAAUUUGUCUUUUUUUUUUGCAAGUAUGAGUCGAGAAUAAAUCUAUAUUUAUUUGGGGGAUUUUAGUUGACAAACAGUGAUUUUUGGGGUAUUUUUGAAAUCCUUUGGGGGAAAUUAGUUAUAACCAUCUGGCAACCCUGCUGACACAAACACACAUGUUUUUUUCUGCCUUUGCGUUAAUGUGAUUGUUUUGGAUAUUUUCCAUUGGCAAUUUUUCAUAUAAAUAGUUUGAAUACCUCGACAAAGCCUUUAUAAAAUUGUAUUUUAAGUGUCCCCGAGCUCAGGCUCCGGCAAAGAGAUUCCCCAUAUUUUGCUUCUUUAAAAUGUGAAGAUUGGAAACUACACAAGCUAAUAAAUAAUUUGAUCAUCAUGUCGCUGGACGUAUUGAAACAAUUCGUUGUCAGCCUCAAAUCGAAACAUGAACAAAUCAGGACGAGGGCUGCAAAGGAUCUGUUUAUAUACUUGAAAAAUGACUUGAGAGAUGCUACUUCGGAAGAGAUUGCUGCCUUUUGGGACGAGCUUUAUCAGCAUAUAUAUGAAAUGGUCUCGAGCAAUGAUGCAAAUGAAAAUAAGGGAGGCAUUUUGGCUAUCGUAUGUUUCAUUCGUGCGGAUGUUACCAAUAUGACAACAAGCCGAGUAACUAGAUUUGCUUACUACCUGAGAAACUUACUAGCCACUAGCGACGUAAGCAUAAUGGAGUUAGUUGCUAAAACCAUGCCCAGUUUAGCAUUAGUAUCUGGACCAGAGGCUUCCAAGUAUGUAGCGUUUGAAGUAAAAACUGCUUUGGAAUGGCUCAGCGAAGAUAAGACAGAACUUAAACGCCAUGCAGCAGUAUUGGUCCUCAAAGAAUUAGCCACAGCCCUUCCUACUUACUUUUAUCAACAAGUUUCAUCAUUUUUUGACUCGAUAUUUACUGCCAUCCAUGACCCAAAGCAGGCUAUCAGGGAAGCUGGCAUAGAAGCAUUAAGGGCUGCUUUGGUCAUAACUGCUCAGAGAGAGAAUGCUAAGGACAAUCAAAAAGGCGCUUCAUGGUAUAAACAAUGUUAUGACAUGUCAGGAAAACUAUUAUCAGUUGAUAAAGGCGAACGUAUUCGAGAUGAACGAGCCCAUGGCUCUUUAUUGAUCCUCAAUGAAUUGUUGAGAUGUUCCAAUGUAGCUUGGGAGCGAAAAUAUAUGGUUUUGCAAGAAAGUACCAAUCCCAAACCAAUUUCGUCCGAAGACGAUUUCAACUUCACCAGACCGCCUUUUAUGUUAUCGAUGCAUUCAAAGAAAAAGGCGAAUAACAUCAUGUCAUUGACGCAUAUCCAAGAUAAACCAGUCGUUAUUGAAUCAAGUAUUUGCCGUUUAUUGGUUGCUGAAAAAUUCGAAUUUAUUUGUAUUGAUGUUUUGGCACAAAGGUCAUUAAGAGUCAAUUUCGUUCAGCAAACUCUACUGGCCAUAUUACCAAGACUGGCAGCAUUCAACAAGAAAACCUUUGUCACCCGAAAUUUGCCUAGCGCCAUGAGUUACUUGUUCAACAUUCUCAAAGGCCGAGAAAAGGAUAGAAAUUCUGCCUUUAUAACUAUCGGUCUUAUAGCUGUUGCAGUAGAAGAAGAGAUCGAUCCCUAUGUAGAGAAAAUAAUGGAGGUUAUCAAAGCGGCUUUACCAAAAAGUGAUACGCCUAGCAAACGACGUCCUGUAAUAGACAGUUGCGUAUUUAAGUGUAUCACUUAUUUGGCUUUGGCAAUAAAGAAACAUGAUAAGAUGGAGAUACCUCAAAUAUUAGACCAGAUGUUGGCCACAGGACUAAGCCAAUCUUUAACUAUUUGUCUUCGGGAAUUAGCAAAAAAGGUACCAAUUCACAAGGACAAGAUAAGCCUGGGUCUGCUCAAGAUACUUUCGUUUAUCCUACUGAAUAAACCUCUGCUGCAUCCUGGCAUGCCUAGGAAUCUUUCCAAUUUUGGUGCUAUGAAUUUGGGCAUUGACAUCAACGAUACUCAGUUGAUUGUACUGGCUCUUCAUACUUUAGCUAAAAUGCUGGAUUAUUUUUACGCAGGUACAUUCGACUUUGAGGGACAGAAGCUUCUUCCGUUUCUGCAAAGAUGUGCUAAUUAUUUCCUGAUUCAUGAAGUCACUGAGAUCAGAUUGGAGGCAGUCAAAACGACUAGUCGGCUGUUGCGGCACGCAAUCAAGAGUGACAAUAAGAAUCCUAGUGAUACUGUGUCUAGAACUGUCGCAGACGUUUUACAAAAGUUAUUAAGUGUGGGUCUCAUUGAUAGCGAUGCCCAAGUUCGCUAUGGUGUCUUAACAUCCUUAGACCCAACAUUCGACGACCAUCUGGCACAGCAAGAUUCACUGGAAUUCUUAUUUGUUGCUUUGCAAGAUGAAGAAUUCAAAAUCCGAGAGGUAACACUCUUCAUAAUUGGAAGACUUAGUUGUAUGAACCCAUCCUAUAUCAUGCCAAGCCUGCGCAAAGUAUUAGUGCAGCUAUUGACAGAGCUGGAACAUUCCGGCAGUGGCAGAAACAAGGAGCAAUCAGCUACUAUGCUUGAUCAUUUAGUUGUCAGAGCACCAAGGUUGAUUAGGCCGUAUAUGGAACCUAUGUUGGAGGUUUUGGUUCCGAAGCUGCGAGAAGCCGACCCAAAUCCUGGUGUGAUCCUUUCUGUGCUUUACACCAUAGGGGACCUAGCAGAAGUUACAGGGGGCGAUUCAGAGCUUCAAGUGUGGAUGCACGAGCUAAUGGUUAUUCUCCUUGAAAUUCUAGUAGACGCUUCAGUACCCGAUAAAAGAUGCGCCGCUUUAGUUACUCUAGGCCAGCUAGUGGGAGCCACUGGUCAUAUAGUUAGACCCUAUAGCCGAUAUCCCACGCUAUUGGAUUUGUUGAUUAACUUUUUGAAAAAUGAACAACAUCCAUUUAUUCGACGUGAGACUAUUCGAGUUUUAGGACUUUUAGGUGCCUUGGAUCCUUACAAGCACAAGAUGCAUCGAGGCGAAAUCGACUACUUACCGCAAGCUCCCACCCUUAUCCCCAUGCCGGAUAAAAAUGCCACAGACGACAGCGAUCUUACGUCAAGCGAAAUGCUGGUGAAUAUGAGCUCUAGCACUCUGGAAGAAUACUAUCUAGCGAUGGCAAUAGCUACAUUAUUGAAAAUUAUUCGUGAUCCAAAUCUCAACAACUAUCACACAAUGGUAGUGCAGGCAAUCACUUUUACGUUUAAAAGGCUAGGAGUAAAAUGUGUUCCGUAUAUACCCCAAGUCAUCCCGAGUUUGUUGAACGUUGUACGAACUGGAGACCUUACUUUCAGGGAGUUUUUGUUUCAACAAUUGGCCGAACUUAUAGCCAUUGUCAAACAUCAUAUUGGCACUUAUCUGGAGGGUAUAUGCGAUUUGAUUAAAGAAUAUUGGACGCCAAAUUGCGCCAUUCAAGGAACAAUAAUUUUGCUUUUGGAAAGUAUUGCUGAAGCCCUUGGAGCGGAAUUUAAAGUGUACUUGCCUCAAUUGAUACCUCAAAUUUUGAGGGUUUUGAAUCACGAUAGUUCAAAAGAUAAGCAGCACACCAUCAAACUGCUUAAAGCUUUGCACAGGUUCGGAAACAAUUUGGAUGACUAUAUGCAUUUGAUUUUGCCGCCAAUAGUUAGACUAAUUGAUGCUUCCGAUUCUCCCACAGCUGUGUCCAGACAAGCACUGGAAACUAUUUCUCAAAUAGCUGAACUAAUUGAUUUGUCAGAUUACACAUCCCGGAUAACGCACCCACUGGUUAGGACAAUAGAUAAAAGUCCUGAAUUACGGGAUGCCGCUAUGGGUACACUUUACGCGCUUGUAUCUCAACUUGGAAGAGAAUUCCGUGUUUUCAUACCAAUGGUUAAUAAAGUCUAUACAAAGCAUAAGAUUGUCAACAGAAAAUGGGAAAUACUUGUAUUUACUAUAGAAGAAGAAUCCACAAUGGCAGAUCCAAGUGAUUCGAUCUUACAAAAAAAUAGAGCUAGACUAAAUAGAUCGCAGGGAAUGUCUAGCGAACCAUCUACAAUGUCUCAGCGAUUAAAAGUGACAGAGAAAAAUCUGCAAGAAGCAUGGGUGCCGGUUAGGAGGGUUUCAAAGGAUGACUGGUCAGAAUGGCUGAGGGGGCUGAGCUUAGAGUUGCUAACACAAUCUCCCAUACCUGCCCUGAGAUCGUGCUUACCCUUAGCUCAAACAUACUCUCAGUUACCCCGUGAUCUUUUCAAUGCGGCAUUCGUCAGCUGCUGGACAGAACUCAGUGAACAGAUGCAAAAAGAACUGAUCGACUGUUUGCAGCAAGCACUCACAGUACCAGAUUUACCAGAAAUCACACAAAGCAUACUUAACUUAGCUGAGUUUAUGGAACAUUGUGACAAAGGACCGUUGCCUUUAGAUGGCCAUUUGCUUGGAGAACAGGCCAUGCAUUCCAGGGCUUACGCAAAAGCUUUGCAUUAUAAAGAAGAUGAAUUUCUUCGCGGUGGCAACAAAGAUCAACACGUAAUAGAAGCUUUAAUUUCAAUUAAUAAUAAGUUGCAACAAAAAGAGGCUGCCGAAGGAUUGUUGCAGUACGUUAUGAGGCAAGGCAAUGAAGUACAAGUGCAAGUGCGUUGGUAUGAAAAACUUCACAAUUGGGAGAAAGCUUUGGGUUUAUAUGAAGAAAAACUCGUAAAAGAACCAACUGACCAGGAAGCCUGUCUUGGUCAAAUGAGGUGCCUGGAAGCUCUAGGAGAAUGGGGACAUUUACAUGGUUCAGUUGAAAAUAACUUUUCAAUAUUGAGUGAGGACAACAAACAAAAAGCGGGCCGUUUAGCGCUCGCCUCUGCCUUCGGUUUACACAACUAUCAAUCUAUGGAGAGAUAUGUGAAAAUUAUACCUCAAGACACACAAGACGGUGCAUUUUAUAGAGCCAUUUUAGCCAUCCACAAGGAACAUUAUAAGUCUGCUCAGGAAUUUAUUGAUAUUGCUAGAGAUCUGAUUGACACUGAAUUAACUGCUAUGGUUGGCGAAAGUUAUCAGAGAGCUUAUGGCGCCAUGGUACAUGUGCAAAUGUUAAGCGAACUAGAAGAAGUGAUGCAAUAUAAACUGGUUCCCGAAAGACGAGAACCCCUCAAACAAAUGUGGUGGCAACGAUUACAAGCAGGCCAAAGAAUAAUGGAAGACUGGCAGAAAAUAAUUCAGGUCCACUCGUUGGUUUUGCAGCCUCACGAAGACGUAAAGGCGUGGCUCAAAUAUGCCUCGCUGUGCAGAAAAAAUGGUUCCUUGAAGCUUUCAAAUAAAACACUUGUGAUGUUGUUAGGCUACGAUCCACAAAUCACUCCAGAAAAAGCUUUACCGAUUUCCCAACCACAAGUUACCUUUGCCUAUUGUAAAUAUUUGUGGCAAAUGGACCAAAGGGACAGGGCGUAUGAUAAGUUACAAACGUUUUUGAACUCUUAUGUUCAAGUGGAAGGCAUUGAUAGCAGUUUGGAGGACAGACAACGACUUUUAGCUAGGUGUUACCUAAAAUUGGGGAAUUGGCAAGAAAACUUAGAAGGCAUCAACGCAACUUCUGUACGCUCGGUUCUGAAACGUUACGAAAAAGCUACUGAAUUUGACAAUGACUGGUACAAGGCCUGGCACGCUUGGGCUUAUAUCAACUUCGAAACUGUUCUCUUGUAUAAAAAUAUGCAAGAGAAGGAAAAUGAAAAUCCAAUCGCUAGUAAAGAAGCAAGGGCCAGUCAAGAACUCGAGAUUAUUGAACACACCGUGUUGGCUGUUAGAGGAUUCUUCAAGUCAAUUUAUCUAUCAAAAGGCAGCUCCCUUCAAGACACUCUACGUUUACUAACGCUUUGGUUCGAUUAUGGCACGUCUCCUCAAGUUUCCGAAGCCAUCACAGACGGCAUCAGAAUCGUCGACAAAAAUACAUGGCUACAAGUGAUACCCCAACUGAUUGCACGUAUCGAUACCAAUAGAUUACUGGUAUCCAAGAAUAUCCACCAUCUGUUAGUCGAUAUUGGCAAGAUACAUCCGCAGGCUUUAGUGUAUCCAUUAACAGUGGCUUCGAAAAGUAAUUCGCCGAUCAGAAGAAGCGCCGCUAACAAAAUCUUGAAAUCGAUGAGCGAACAUUCGCCGACGUUGGUCAUGCAAGCUCUUAUGGCCUCAGAGGAACUCAUCAGAGUGGCAAUUUUGUGGCAUGAAAUUUGGCACGAAGGCUUAGAGGAGGCUUCAAGACUUUUCUUUGGCGAAAGGAACGUGGAAGGCAUGUUACGAAUUUUGGAACCUUUGCAUCAGAUGAUGCAAAGAGGCCCACAAACGUUAAAAGAAACGAGUUUCACACAAGCUUAUGGCAGAGACUUGUCUGAAGCUCAUGAGUGGUGCCAGAGAUAUAGAUUAUCAGGCAAUAUUAGAGACCUGAACCAAGCUUGGGAUUUAUAUUAUCACGUGUUUAGGAGAAUAUCUCGCCAACUACCACAACUGACUUCCUUAGAGUUGCACUAUGUGUCACCUAAUUUGUUAAAAUGCCAAGAUUUGGAACUUGCUGUACCUGGCAGCUACGCCCCUGGACAACCUAUUGUUAGGAUAGCAUAUUUUCAACGAUCUCUAGAAGUGAUUACUUCGAAACAACGCCCUCGUAAGUUGAUAAUCCGAGGUAGCAACGGUAAAGAUUACAUGUUCCUGCUAAAAGGCCACGAAGACCUUAGGCAAGACGAAAGAGUUAUGCAAUUGUUUGGGUUAGUGAACACACUAUUGCAAAAAGAUCCGGACACUUUCCGUAGAAAUCUGACUAUCCAAAGAUAUGUUGUGAUACCGUUAAGUACAAAGAGCGGCCUGAUUGGCUGGGUACCCCACUGUGAUACUUUGCAUACGCUUAUACGAGAUUAUAGAGACAAAAAGAAAAUUCUACUUAACAUUGAGCAUAGGAUUAUGUUAAGAAUGGCACCUGACUAUGAUCAUUUAACAGUCAUGCAAAAGGUUGAAGUAUUUGAACAUGCUCUAGAACACACACACGGCGACGAUUUGGCAAGGCUUUUGUGGCUGAAAAGUCCUUCAUCGGAAGUUUGGUUUGAAAGAAGAACAAAUUACACCAGAUCAUUAGCGGUUAUGUCUAUGGCAGGAUACAUUUUGGGUCUGGGCGAUAGACAUCCUUCCAAUCUUAUGUUGGAUAGGCUGAGCGGCAAGAUUCUUCACAUCGAUUUUGGAGAUUGUUUCGAGGUUGCUAUGGACAGGGAAAAGUUCCCAGAAAAAAUACCUUUCAGACUGACUCGGAUGCUGAUCAAUGCUAUGGAAGUGACUGGUAUCGAAGGAACUUACAGGCGCACUUGCGAAAGUGUCAUGUCAGUACUCCAUAGAAAUAAAGAUAGCUUGAUGGCUGUGCUAGAAGCGUUUGUUUACGAUCCGUUGCUAAACUGGCGCUUGAUCGAGAAUAAUUAUAGAAAUAGAUCUAAUACGGGCGAAGUGGGCAGUUUUCUCACCGAAACAUCACAGGAAACUGAACUGUCGGAAUCAUUCAGCGUGCAUAGGCGUUCUUUGCUAGCAGAUUUGACACACGACAGUACUCAGCAACCCGAGCAAGUUAGCAAAAAGGCUGUGACAAUUAUUAACAGGGUGAGAGACAAGUUAACUGGAAAAGAUUUCCACACCGAAGAAAUGCUGACCAUUGAAAAACAAGUUGACUUAUUGAUCCAACAGGCCACCAACAACGAAAAUCUUUGCCAGUGUUACAUCGGCUGGUGUCCAUUUUGGUAAAAUGCUUCAUUGUUUUUGCAAUAAUAAGGCUGACUUCUGUUGCGGAUAUAGAGAGAUUGGGUAUUUAACUCUCUAAAUGUUUGCUAGUUUAUGUAAGGAACAUUUUAUUUGUAAUUAUUUGUUUAGAUGUAUGUAUAAAUAUGACUUAAUUUUAAGACUGUAUUUAUUUUAAGUCUAUUUUUGAGAUUUGGGUUAGGGAUUUUACAAGUUUGAAUACUGUUAUCCUAAGAGCCAUAUCAGUGACCCUCAUACAUACUGUAUGUACUCAAAAGAGGCUUUAAUUUUUUUUUAAUAUCGAUGAAAAAAUAUUUAUGUUAUUUUAUAAGUGAAAUUACAAACUCGUUUUAUUUUUCUCUUAAAUCAUGACCUAAAACAAAUACACUUUUGCCAUUUUACUCACUUAUCAAAUAAGCCAUUCACUAAUUUUAAAUCUCAAAUGACGUCAUUUGCGUGUACGCAAAGUUGCAUCAAUUUCAAAUAAUGGCUCCCAGGCUGUGUGCCUGAAAAUUACACUUGCUUAACUACGACUUGGGCACAGUAUAUUGAAGAAGUAUUGAGAGACACCGUACACUGGUUGAAUCUGAUUUAUGGAAUUUGACACAUCGUCUUAUAUUAAAUCGAUAUUAUUAUUACGUGAUAUUUGAUAUAAUUAUUAUACAGUGCAAGAACGCAUAUUUGUUCAAAUCUUGAUAUUCCUUAAAAUAUUGUGUGCUUAUAAUCUAUAAAAAAAAAACCAUUUACAAAUCCAAGCGGCAGCCAUAGUUUGCUUGUUUGAUAUUAUAAUAAUCUUGACCUUAGAUUUAGUAAAGAUUUAAAUUUCAAUGGAAUUGAAUUUUUAUGUAUAAUUUGUAAUUAUACAUUCUGCUGCCUCUCCAGAAUAGAAGAUAUCAAAGACUGUAGUUCAAACUCAUCUUUUUUGUCUUCGCAUCUUCAGUUCUGUUCGGUUUUUUGGUGUUUCGGAAUGAGUUUUAUCGUAUACCAUGCUGCAAUGCCAAUGCUGAUUAUCCCAAUGGUAGUGAUGCUGCUAAUGGCUACGGAAUGAUAAUGAAUAUUCCGACAUACUGUGCUGCCCAACUCUGGAUUCAAAUUCUUCUCGUCGUUUUCCAACUCUUUCAGGUUGUCAGUUAGUCUGAAAACUGACUCGAAGGGUAGAUUCUGAGGGUGCUUCACACUGACUACUAUUUAUUACUAUAGGGACUCUUUUGGAGUAGUUGCCCAGUACUGAAAUGGUAGUGUUUCGUUAAGGAGUUGAAAUAUUCUGUUUUGUUUUGAUGGUGCACUCCUGAGAUAUUUGAAUAAUGCAUGUUAUUGCAACAUUUUCCCGCACACCGUCACAAAUGACAGAUAUGGUUGUGAAGGAAUCCGUAAUGAACAUCCAUGUGUUGGGUGCGCAGAGCUCCUUCCAUAUGAUGCUUUGAAUAUUGUUUAUUUGAAUCUUGCAAUGCCUUGGUUUCAGUCGUUCAUUUUCGUCAAUGAUGCAUGACGAAUUUGUCUCUAUAUUUCUGACUGAAACUGGAGAGCAAAUAAAGUGGUGAUCACAUGACUGAAUGCAUUGCUGCAAAUCGCAUUUAUUUAUUUAUUUAUUUAUUUAUUGGCAAUAGUAGUUACAAAGGAACAAUAGAAUAAAUUUAAUAGUUAAUAAUAUUAACAGAUUCAACUGACUUAACAACAUUCUAGUAAUUUAACUAAUUUUAAAAAAUUCCUCACUAUUGCAAUUAAUAGCACACAAUGGUAUUUUAAAUACUGUGAGUGUGCUUUUCUAACUUAUUAAUAAUUAUUCUUUUGAGGUAAGUAACAAUUUUUAUAAUUAGCUAUGUGUAAUUAAAUAAAUAUCUAUGUUAUAAUAUUAUAUUAGAUAGUUUAUAUUAAAAUUACUUUCAAUUAACCACUCAUUAACUGUUUUUUUUACUAAGUGAUAAGGUUUUGAUCUUAUACUUACAGGCAAGUUAUUGUAAAUUUUAGGUCCUACACAAUAAAUGUGAGUUUGACACACAGCAUGUCUAGGGUUUUGCAACAUAACAUUAUUUUGCAUUACACUUCUUGUAUUAAUAUUAUGAUUUAUAGCUUCUCGAUAUGUUGAGUUUUUUAGCAUAAAUCUAAUAACGGAUUUUAAAAAAAGUUGAUUAGGAGUCAGCAAAUAACUUUCAUUAUAUAACAGGUACGUUGGGUAUGUCCUAUUUUUGAAAAGCAUGAUUUUUAUAAUCCAUUUUUGAGCUAUUUGUAGUUUAUUCAUUAUAGUUACUCCAGCACUACCCCAUACAAUCAAUCCAUAGUUCAUAAUGGACUCUACUAGAGCAUAGUAAACUGUUUUUAAGGUUUUUAAGGGCAAAAUGUUUCUCAAUUCAUAGAAUUUAAAAAUAACUUUCCGAAUUUUAUCAGUUACCUGUUGAACUUGAACCUUCCAAGUAAAAUUCUCAUCUAUUAUAACUCCCAAAUAUUUUAAACUGUCCCUUCUCCCUAUGGAUUGAUUGCAGUGACACCGGUUAUCUUGUUUACAUUGUGAUUCAUGUACUAUAAGAUUUUGAUACUCGGGAAGUGACCACGAAGAUAACGAAAAAGCAACAAAUUUAGUCUUAUCAACAUUCAAUGAUAGCAAGGAAGUAUCUAGCCAACAUUUAAUUUUAAAGAGUACCAUUUCUGCUAUUCUUUUUGUCUCUCCCCAAUCAUCCCCACAAAUCACCACCCCCGUAUCAUCAGCAAAGCAAAAAACAUUACACUCAUCUGAAACCGAAAAUAUCUGAUUUACAUAAAUAUUGAAAAGUAAAGGCGACAAUACAGUACCCUGUGGCAAGCCGAUUCCUGCCUCUAGUCUGUCACUUUCUUCUCCUGUAAUAUUGACACUUUGUUUUCUUUUAGUCAAAUAUGACAUAAUUAAAUUAUUGGGGACACCUCGAAUUCCAAUAUGUUCCAGACGUUUGUGCAGGAUUCGGUGUGCCACAGUAUCAAAGAGCUUUUGAAGGUCAAGAAACAGUCCAAUUACUUUUUUCCUUGGUCUAAAUUUUUCAAAAUUGUUUCCGUCACCCUACACAAUGCAUUCUCGGUACUGACACCCUCCCUGAAAGCAAACUGACUAUCGUUCAAAAUUUUGUUUUUUUCUAAAAAUUUAACUAACUUGCUCUUGAGACAUUUUUCUAUAAUUUUACUAAUUGUACUGGUUAGUGCUAUUGGCCGAUAGUUGUUCAUCGAUUUUCUGUCCCCUUGUUUAUAAAGAGGAAUAAUAAUAGUUGUUUUAAGGCAUUCAGGAAACUUGCCAGCACCAAAAACAGCACCUAUAACGUGACACAGUGGCUUUACUAAAAUAUCUUUAUAUUUUUUUACAAUACUUGAACUGAUUCUAUCAUCCCCCCCCUUUACCCCAUCUUUUAAGUUAUUUAUUUGCCUUAAGACUUCUUUUUCAGAGACUGGGUCUAAACGAAAAGAAUUUUCCAGUCUCUCCCCACUAACAACAGUGUCACCAGGUAUAGAGCUGUUUGAUUUUAUAAUGCUUUCCGCCAACUUCCUACCUAUGUUCGUAAAAUAUUCAUUAAAAGCAUUUGCCAUAUCCUUUUUAUCUGUAAUUAUUGUGUUAUUAGACUUAACUAUAUUUUUUAUUUCAGCCUGACAACUUUUAUCACCUGUAGCCUCCCUUAUCACCCCCCAUAGUUUUUUUGGAUCUUUUGCAUAUUUUUGAGCUUGUUCUUUAUAAUAGAAAUAUUUGGCAUUUUUCACAAGCUUAGACAAAACAGUGCGGUACUUUUUAUAUCUGUUUAAUAGAAAAAUAUUGUUCUGAUUUAGAGUACAUUGUUUUUUUAAUUUGUCUCUGGUUCUGAUAGACACUAGAAGGCCAC